AUGCCAGGCCCAAUCUUUGCCGCUGAUCUCAGUUACGACGUCCCACCCUCUCCCGCUUCGUCGGACUCCUCUUUCGACGAAGACGACGUCAACCGACGUGUCACUCCAUACUGGCAAAAAUAUAGCUGUGUCUUCAAGUCUAGAGGACUCCAGCUUGAUACCGUCCGGGACGUGAAACUUUUUUAUCAACGCCACUCCAAAGAAGAGACCGUGUCAUCGCACCUUUUCUACCCGAUGCCCUUCUCAGAAUGUCGUGGCGAGAAAGGUUUUAUUGACGACGACGCUCUGUGCCCAGAUGCGGGCUUGCCUGAUAACUUGUUCCGAGGAACUCGAGUAUGCGACCAAAAAAAGUUCGUAGCAAAGGCUGUCCACAUAUAUAGUCGCGAGUACGACGUUAUCCGUCUACUUUCGCAGCCUCCCCUCAACCAAAAUCCGAUGAACCACACAAUACCUGUUCUUGAUCUUUUUGGCGUUCCCGAGGAUCAGAUCGCUUUCAUCGUGAUGGAGGAAUGGUCUUCACAGCUUAUACCUGACUCUGGCCCAUGCUGCCUUCGACUUUUUCUUGCUUCUUUAAGGCAGUGCAUUGAGCAUGCCCUGUUUAUGCAUAUGCAUCACAUUGCACAUUUGGAUAUAUCAUUGCGAAAUCUGUUAACAGACUACGAAGGUCAUUACGCCUACAUCGAUUACGAACUCAGUCGGCGGUUCGAUGGCGUUUUAGAUCCUCUUGUCCAAGGGUACCGUGGAACUGAGAUACCACCUGAAUGCGAACGUGGGGAGUGCAGUGACCCAUAUAAGAUCGACAUUUGGGCGCUGGGUGUCCUCGUUUUGCGUGCUUGCAAGCUGACGGGUUACAAUGUUCCGGAACUCAUGCAGCUCAUACGGCCUAUGUUGCACGAGGACCCACGGCAUCGCCCACCUUUAUCCUCUGUUCUUCGGGCGUUUGAUAGAAUGGUGCUUUCCAUCGGAGACUCCCGACUCAACUCUACAUGUUCCUGUUCACAUUGA